UUCCUGCUCAGUGCUGUUCUGUGUGGGUUUGAAAAAGACCUUCCACUGGAGAGAACCGAAAGACCCCUGUUCAUGAUGCGUUAUUCGUCUGAACCUUUGGCAUGAGAUGCUUCUUCCUUUCUUGAACAGAGCAUGCUCGUCUCGCGUGUCUGCUUUUAUUGACAUCCCCUACCGCUUGACGCACAGAUCACUGAAGACGUGAUGAAUAGACUCUCUGUGAGGACACUGGGAUUUCUCUCUCUGGAUUUGCCAUAACUAUCUCCAACGAUCCAUGUGUCAUGGAGACUGACUUCUGUGAUUCACUCUUCACAGAUGGAGCAGGUUGGUGAUGUGCCUUGAUGUGAGGGUAACAGCUCUGCACACCUUCCAGAUGUAAUUCUACUUUGUGUUGUCCUUGACUCAAUUUUCUCUCUGAUUUGUACUGCGUACGUUGUCAUUUUGCCUUUGAAACGGCCUCUUGUUGAAUGUAGUCAAUUAAAUCAUGAGCAUGCUUAUCAUGCAAGUGUCGAGAGGUGAGCAUAUUUCUGCAUGCUUAACAUAGGUGUGAGAGGAAUCGAGAACAGCAAAACGCAGAGAAUGACAUGGAAUCUGAGGUUUGUGAAGAGACACAGUGGUUUGCAAGAGCACAAAAGACACUGAGAGAAAUUUUGUUCACUCUGGGGAACGGGGUCACACUUCAGCCCUUUUCUUUGACAUAGGCUAGUUACAUGAAUUUCUUUCUGUCUGAUGGAUUUGCUGUAGAAGCCACUGAACAAGUGAUUAUUUAGUACUUUAAAUUUAUUUCUGUCCUUGAUUUGUUGGGAAAUUCUGGACCACAUGAACCGAUCCGGCCCAUCCCAGUCAAAAACCACCUACCUUAUCUCCCUUACCCUGGUAAAGGUAGAGACCACUGAAGAACAUGAAUUGGAAAUGCCCAGGCAAACUUUGGAGGGAACUGUGAAUGAUGCUUGUGGAACAAAGCAUCUUAAACACAGUGGAUCCAAUAAUGAAGGCCAGGAAUGCCAGAAAAUGGUUGAGGCUGUGGAGCUGGAGGCUGAAGAAUCCAUAAAAUUCUCAGAGGAACAGGAAAUACUCCAAAGCCCAAGGAAGGACAAAGCAAUUUUUACAGAUUGUGUUCAUCCCAGUGAUAGGCAAAAAUCAAUAAUAUCGCUCAACACAGAAAAUGGAAGGGCCAGAGAAUCCACAGGAAAGUCUCAAACCAAGGUUCCUCAGCAUCUCUGUGAUAUCCCAGUUCGUGCAACCCAGCGACCCGUGUCUCUCCUCAAAGCUCACGGCAGUAGUCGUGAAUUCAAGGAGUCCAGAGAGAACAUCCAUGCCUCCUCGAAGAGCCUUGAUCGUAAGGACAGUCGGACCAGGAUCCAAUCCCCGAACAGCCCUACUCCUGGAUCUUUCCGGGCAUCGUGGGCUGUAAGCGAGGUCAAACCUUGUGAUGAAGACCUCAAAGGAGGUGUUGGGAUGAUGAGGCCCACUGACGGUGAUAUAAUGUCCAUGCAAACCCAAAGUCCUCGAGCCGAGAGAUUAAAGGCAGGAUCUACAUCUCUGCCAACCCCUGUUGCCUUGAUAUCCAAGCCUCAACGCAAGGGAAAGAGUCGAACCUUGGACAACAGUGACCUGAAUUGUCUCUCGGAGGACCUCCUGAAGAGCAAGGCUGGCCAUAUGACAUCUGACUUUAGGACGGCUCAGUCCCAGGGGGCUUCGGCACGUGACCGCAAGAUGCUGAGAUUUAUUAGUGGCAUUUUUACCAAGAGCACUCCAGUGGCAACCAGUACGACCAUUGUGACCCCAAUCUAUAGCUCCAUUCAGAGGGAAUCCAGCGAGGAGGAAGCAUCAUGCGCCAAUAGCCAGGAAUGGACCCUAACUCGAACUAUUCCGGAGCUGAGAUUGGGGGUUCUUGGGAGCAUUCGCAGUGGAAAAUCUGCGCUUGUAAACAGAUUCAUCACAGGAAGUUACCUUCCUCUUGAAUCGCAUGAGGGUGGAAGAUAUAAAAAGGAGGUGUUGGUGGAGGGACAGAGUCAGUUAUUGCUGAUACGUGAGGAAUCUGGCCCACCAAAUGCACAGUUCUGCAACUGGCUUGAUGGUGUCAUCCUGGUUUUUAGCCUGGAAAAUGAAGCAAGUUUUCAGGACUUGUACAAGAAUUACAGUGAGCUAAGCGCACAUCGUAACAUAGUAGAAAUCCCCAUUAUAGCAGUUGGAACACAAGAUAAGAUUAGUAGCACUAACGCCCGUGUGAUUGAGGACAAGAGAGUGCAACAGCUCUGUAUAGAUGUGCGCCGUUGUACCUACUAUGAGACCUGUGCCACGUACGGACUCAAUGUGGACAGAGUUUUUAAUGAAAUGACCCAGAAGAUUGUUGCAGCCAAGAAGCAAGCCGCCCUUCUGGCCUCCUGUAAAUCACUCCCAAACUCCCCCAGUCACUCUGGGGCCUCGACUCCAUUGUCAGGGCCCGGACAGGCCAGUAAUGGGGCUCAGAGUAGCGAUUAUCCCUCCUCUUUGCCUUCUACCCCUGUCAUAAGUCACAAAGACAUACGGGGUGGGGUGGGUGGAGACGGGGGCUCGCAACGAAAUCCACCCCGACGCCGGACAUCUUUAUUUGCGAACCGUCGUGGGAGUGACUGUGAGAAGAGAGGGUCUGAUAGCAGAGGUGACAUGAGCAGUCGAUCAGCUCCUAUCAAACAGGGGACUUUGUGGAAACGUAGUGAACGCUCUUUAAACAAGGAAUGGAAAAAAAAAUAUGUUACACUGUCAAACAGCGGCAUGCUGACGUAUCAUUCGAAUUUAAAUGAGUAUUUGCAGAAUGCUCAAGGAAAAGAGAUGGAUUUAUUGCGAGUAACAGUAAAGGUGCCAGGAAAACGUCUUCAUCGGGCAGCUACUCCUGGUGGUCCGUCCCCUGGUCCUACUCUUGUUCAUAUGCCCGGGGUUAAUGGACUUAGCAAAGACAAGCAGCCAUCUGAAGGGGGCACCUCAUCAAAUCUACUGACUGUAGAAGAGACCUCCAGAACUGGUUUGUCAUUUCAUAAUGACCAAAAGGUGAAACGUUGCCCAUCGUCUGUGUCUAAUAAAGGGCUGAGUGUGGACUUGAGUGUUGAGGGUGCUACAAGUCCCCCUUCCCACAUCCCGUCUUCUCCGAUGACUGACAGGAAGAAGAAAAAACGAAACAGAAGUAUUAACUUGAAAGGAGACGCAGCAGCCGGGCAGGCAGAAGCCAAGCGCAAAAUGUGGAAAUUAAAAAGCUUUGGUAGCUUGAGAAACAUUAACAAAACAGAAGAGGAGAGUGCAGACUUCAUCGUCAUAACGAGUACAGGACAGAGCUGGCACUUUGAAGCCCAGAGUCAAGAGGACAGAGAUGCCUGGGUUCAGGCCAUUGAAAGCCAGAUCCUUGCUAGUCUACAGAGCUGUGAGAGCAGAAAUAAGGCUCGAAGGAGCAGUCAAAGCGAUGCUGUUGCCCUGCAGGCCAUUCGUAAUGCCAAAGGGAACGACCUCUGUGUGGACUGUGAAGCACCAAAUCCAACAUGGGCGAGUCUCAAUCUUGGGGCACUGAUCUGCAUCGAGUGUUCGGGUAUACACCGGAACCUGGGAACCCACCUGUCCCGUGUCCGCUCGCUGGACCUGGAUGACUGGCCCAGGGAGCUCACAAAAGUGCUUACUGCUAUUGGGAACCAUAUGGCCAACAGUAUUUGGGAGGCCUGUACACAAGGAUGCCAAAAGUUGACACCUGAAGCAACAAGAGAGCAGAGGGAGUCUUGGAUCCGUGCCAAAUACGAACAGCGGGCAUUUGUGUCGCCCUUGCCCGCUCAGUGUUCAGAGGACUCAAUGUCAACUUGGCUGCUCAGAGCAGUAAUUGAUCGGGACCUUCCAAGACUUCUGCUGCUGCUUUCACACAGUAACAAGGAAGUGAUCAACGUCCCACCUGAAGGAGCGGUACAGCAGCAUCACAGCGCAUUACAUGCGGCCUGCCAGCUGGGGGACGUGGUCAUGACACAGCUGCUGGUCUGGUACGGUAGUGAUGUGAAAUCAAAGGACCCACAGGGCAGAACUGCUCUGACGUUGGCACGCCAAGCCGGGAGCAAGGAGUGUGCUGAAAUUCUUCUGCAACACGGCUGCCCAAAUGAGAUCUCUCCCACUUCCCCUACACCCGUUCUGUCCCGCAAAAGUAGCAUCACAAGCAUCGGACGUGUUAGUUCCAGGCGGAUGGUCUCGUAACCCAUGAACAUUCAUGAUCAUAUGAACAUUCCUGCUCUUUGACAAAAACGGGGCCAUUUUUAUUCCUUCAUAUGGGGUUGUGUGUUCUGUGCGUCUGUGAAUUUCUGUCCCAGGAUAUCUCCAAAAACGCUGUAUUUAUAUACAUAUAUCCUUGCGGAUUCCUCAGAAAGUGAUAAAUAAAAAAAGAUGGAAAAACUCUUAAUUGUCCAUACCAGAACAAGCUUAGAAUGAUAGCUACAAAAAUGCCUUUUUAAAAAAUAUGGAAACUGUUUUAACAACUAUAAAGCAAUAUUAUUUAUAAUAUUCUGAUUAUCAUGCAAAAUAGAUGCAUUACAAGGUCAAAUGUAGCUUGAGAGUUUCCCAAAGCAAUCUGAGGGAAUGUAUUUACAGUUAUGACUGUCAUUUCCAUUGUUCUUUAAAAUAGACAUCAUGGCUGGGGGUAAUGUAAUGUAAUAUCAUGUUUAUAUCCAGAAGAAAUAGUAUUUGUCAUUGUGCAUCAUUUUUAAAUACUAUAGACAAUAAACUCUGAUCUCCAAA